AUGGGUCGCGCCGCAGCCUCCGACAACAUUCCUUUGCCAACAGUUUCUAACAACAUUCCGUUGCCAACACCUUCUAAUAUUCAUUUGCCAAUAGCUUCUAACAACACUCCUUUGCCAACAGCUAACAACACUCCUCUGCCAACAGCUAACAACACUCCUUUGCCAAUAGCUUCUAACAACACUCCUUUGCCAAUAGCUUCUAACAACACUCCUUUGCCAACAGCUAACAACACUCCUUUGCCAACAGCUAACAACACUCCUCUGCCAACAGCUAACAACACUCCUUUGCCAAUAGCUUCUAACAACACUCCUUUGCCAAUAGCUUCUAACAACACUCCUUUGCCAACAGCUAACAACACUCCUUUGCCAACAGCUAACAAUACUCUUUUGCCAACAGCUAACAAUACUCCUUUGCCAACAGCUAACAACACUCCUUUGCCAACAGCUAACAACACUCCUUUGCCAACAGCUAACAACACUCCUUUGCCAACAGCUAACAAUACUCCUUUGCCAACAGCUAACAACACUCCUUUGCCAACAGCUAACAACACAUCUUUGCCAAUAGCUUCUAACAACCCUCCUCUGCCAACAGCUAACAACACUCCUUUGCCAACAGCUAACAACACUCCUUCUGAUGCGAGUUGCUGA